CCGCCGCCGCCGCCGCCGCCUCGGCCGCCGCUCCCUCCGUCCCUCCGCCCGGCCGGCCGGCCGCUCCCGGCCGCAGCCCCUGCCCUGCCCGCCCGCCGCACCAUGGAGUUCUCGGAGAGGAAGCGGAGCAGGAAAUCCCAGAGCUUCAAACUGGUGAGCCGAGAUUAUCACCAUGAGGUCUAUAAGAUCUCAGAAUUCAGCACCGAUGUUAAUGGGGAGGCCAAAGAGACACAACCCACUUUUUUAGGAGAUGAAAGCAUGGAAAUUAAAAAACAAAUUACAGGAAUGAGAAGAUUACUGAAUGACAGCGCUGGGAGGAUCUACCAGCGUGUGGGCAAGGAGGGGGAGAAAUUGAAAGAAGAACCCCAGGAUUUGGAUUCGAUCUGGCCUCAGCGUUUGAACUCUGUGGAGGCCCCACCUAGCCUCCACCCGUCUUCCCGUGGUGCAUGGAACGAGUUGCCACCCCAGGGUGGGCAGUUCUCAGGGCAGUAUGGCACCCGCUCCAGAACCUUCCAGAGCCAGCCCCACUCCGCCGGGAGCUCCAAUGGAGAACUUCCAGUGGUGAAUUCGUCAGUUGGAUCAAACUGCUGUACUUGUAACUGCCAGUCAACGUUGCAGGCCAUUCUCCAAGAACUCAAGACCAUGCGGAAAUUGAUGCAGAUUCAGGCAGUUGGAACCCAAAACAGACAACAACCCCCAAUUUCCCUUAUCUGCUCCCAGCGAACUGCCGUCUCGCGCAAGAGAAAUAAAAAGAAAAAAGUGCCCCUGAAGACUGUGGAACCUCUCACUGUGAAACAGAAGCCCAGUGCGUUAGAAGCCGAGCAGAAGGCGGUGGCGGCCCCUGAGAAUCCCAGUCUCCCCUCGGCCGAGCACACCUCCCCCAGGGAGAACCACAUCCUAGGAUUCGGCAUCGUCCUCGAAUCACCAGCCUCUGAUCCAGAAGUGCAACUUGCUGAAGGCUUCGAUGUGUUUAUGCCUAAAUCUCAGCUGGACUCUAUACUGUCAAACUACACUCGCUCAGGAAGCCUUCUGUUUAGAAAACUGGUGUGUGCAUUUUUUGAUGACAAGACUUUGGCUAACUCCUUACCCAAUGGGAAGAGGAAAAGAGGACUCAAUGACAACCGGAAAGGACUAGACCAAAAUAUUGUGGGUGCAAUAAAAGUCUUCACAGAAAAAUACUGCACUGCUAAUCACGUGGAUAAACUUCCUGGCCCAAGAGACUGGGUUCAGAUUCUACAGGAUCAAAUCAAACUGGCCAGAAGAAGGUUAAAAAGAGGCUCAGCAGAGGCAGCUGACGGUGAUGAACGGCUGGACUGCGUUUCUCUACCCCCAACAGGUAAAAAAGCCUGAGGCCCAGAAACACUAUAUGACUUUCUCAAGGUCUCACAGCUGGUUGGUGGCCUGGCCGGAGCCCAGGCCUCUCAACCCCCAGCCAAUCCACCGCGUAGCUUUCUCACACCUUCUCUGCAUGUUUCCUAAAGAUCCUAAGAGGUGAUGGAUGUACUAAUCCCUGUAGGAUUCCAUCUCAGUGUCGGCCCGUCUUCACAGUCAGCGCUCAGUGUCGCCCCGUCUUCACAGUUAGCACUCAGUGUUGCCCCGUCUUCACAGUUAGCACUCAGUGUCGCCCCGUCUUCACACUUAGCGUGUCUGUCGUAAGUCAGCCUGAAGUCCGCUGCAGCUUCAGCUCUCGGGUUCUUCCCAAGAAGACCCUACCCAAGGCCGUGAGGCCCUAAGGAGGACAGUAGUAGAGGCCCUAAGGAGGACAGUAGUAGGACGCCUCCCGCAGGUCUCUUCACUAGACUCCUGAUAGAUAUCUGAUACAAAUCACUAAACAGCAUGAUAAAUAAUACCACUUAUCACCUCGAAAAGGGGGAAGAGAAGUCACGGAUUGGUGCCCAAAUUUUGCAGUAAUGGAAUUAAACAAUCUUGAUUAGACCGGCAUGUCUCUGGAGUGCCUCUCACGUAAAAUCCCAGCCUGGGGCUUCUCUGCACACAGCACCACGACUUAGUCCUCCCUCCUCACGUGUCUCCUUGAUGAGACCGUCCGAGGGAUGAACUCCACCUUUCUCAUCCAUGCAGCUUCCUCCCUGCACUGGAGACUCACUGGCCAGACCUUCCUCAUCUGGUCUGUCUGAGCUGGCAACAGUUGGUCCUUUUUAAAGAUUUAACAGUGCCUUUAUUACCUUGUUAAGGUCUUUUUUCUCCUUCCAAAUUCAUGUGUGUUGGGAAGAGGUGGGACGGGGGGAUAAAUCCCCAAGUGUUUCUAUGAACCAGAACCGACCAGGCCACGGUUACAGUCAGGCGCCAGAUGACAUUUAUCUCAGUCCGUUAACACUUAAGCAAACUUCUGUUUGUCUAGUUUUAACAAAAAUGGAUACAGAUUUUUCUAGUGGAAAAACAUAUUUUCUUAAUUUCUUUCCCCUCAACCCUGUCAGUAAAUGUUUUUGAGCGAUGCCAGGAAUCAGCACUGAGAUAGGUGCUGGUGAACAAAUCCCACCCUCAGACCAGAGGCAGAGGCUACUACGGCCCAGGGGUGGAGACAGAGCUCUGAUAAAGGAGAAAAACCACCAUAAGGGAACAAUUUUGGGGGAAAAAGAGAACAGAGAAUAAAAUCGAAACAGUACUAACAUUUAAAGGCGGCUUCUGGAUUUGAAAUAGAAUAGUACGGAGCGCACCUAGGCUUAGCAUUGUUUGGUCAUAAAUUGGCAUUCUUUUACACACUUCUUAGAAAUUAAUACAGAAAAGUGUAAGGAAGAAAAUGUAAAUUACUUUUACCACCCAGAGAUAACCAUUAUUGUUGGGUGCUUUUUCCCAGACUUUUCUCUAUAUUUUUAAAAUUUAUAUAAUGGAGGUCAAAUCCAUCCAAUUUUGUUUCCUAAAGUUUUGUUCUGUUUAGUUUUACCACCUAACAAGCGUUUCCCAUUUUAUUACAAACCUCCAUACACAUUAUUUUAAUAGCUGCACUAUAUUCCGUCUUACAGGUCAUAUCAUAUUUUAUUUAGCCAUUUUCUACUCCUGGAUGAUAGAUAAUGAACAUACUCUAAUAGUAACCCACAUUCAUGGGUUUUCCUGUAAAAAUCAUCAUUACAGAUUUCUAAUGGCUAAAAUUACUCAUCUGGCACACCUAAAGCCUUGGCUAAAAAAUACUGAUUUAGAGGUGAAACAGACACCUCACCAAUGAGGUCCUGCGUCUGGCCGUGUCAUAGAAAAGCGUACAACUCUUCCUUAGAGAAGUGGCCCCCCUUCACGUUCUUGUCUCUGUUGUAGGUCAUAUAUUUGACACCAGGAGAGAAAACACGGAAGACACAGAGACAGCUUUCACUGCCUAGACUUUCCUUUAGUGACACUGCUUAGUGCACGCAUCUCCUCCAUUGGAAUUUCCUCAAAGAUCCACUAGCAUUUCAGAUUACUGCAAAGUGUGGGCGUUCUGUGAAGCUGACCCGUCAUGUUUGAAUAGUUUUCAUAUUCUUUCUUUGUAAUGUGUGAUAAUCAAGCCUCCAAUUUGGUCUAAGAUUUUUAAAAAUCAUCUUUAGAAUUGAAUUCUCAGCCUUUAAAUGUCCAGCAUAUCACUGGGUUGGUUCAGUGUCCAUGAAAAAGCAGCAGUUUUAUUUUCCCUGUUUUUUUUUUUUUUUUCUUUUUCAGUGUGAAUAUGGUAUAGAGUUUUGAAGCGUAUUUAUUUUAAUGUAAAUUGCUUAGUUGCAGUAUACAGGAGAAUGGCUCUUUCCGGACCAAGGAAGCAGUGUUGAAGGCCAAACUUAAUUAGAAUCUUCACCAGCUUAGAAGAUGGAAAAGUUGUUUUGGGAGACAGGACAGCUCUGAUCUAUUAGAUGAAAUCAUUUGUGGCAUCAUAUCUCCCCAGAAUAAUCAUUUGUCACUGAUAAGUGCAAACGAUACGUAAAUUCUUAGGAAAGAAAAAUCUUUCAUGUAGGUUGUGUCGACACAGAGACAAAAUAACUAAUUAAAAGGUGAGAAACAAAGUAACCAGCUAUCCACAUGACACCUGACAACUGUUUUAACAGAUGGUUUUAACUGAGUGAUCCAGGGGGUUGUGGCAUCAUGUGGCAACUGGCCACAGAUGUGCUUAAUCUUAUAUACUUCACGUGGUUCUGGUACACUUGCCCCCCCCCCCACUUUAUAUAAAACCAACAAGUGAAAAUGUGGAUUCAUUUUAAAGAAAUAUUUUUGGCAUGUGGGUAUUUGUUUCACAGAGAUAUUUGCCUCCAGAUUCCUUUCUCUAGUAAGGUGGUGAGCUUAAAAUACCUGUUUAUUUGGAGGCAUUGCAUUUACACUUCAUUUAUUGUAUAAAGCAAAUUACCGUGAAUCUUUGGCACUUGACCCAAAGGCCAAAAGUUGGCUUGAAAGAAAUUUGGGCAGUAGAAACACCGAACCCCCGGGGCGUGGGGAGGGGAAAUGCUGUGCUACCAUUUAACACACGUCCCUAGCACUUAUUUUAUCGAAUCGGAGAGUGUAAGGGCUCAGAGUUACCAUUAGUCCCCCUCCCGCGGUCUGUGGUGAGGCGGCUAAGGAGAAAUGAGGAUCACGGCUGCCCAGCGCCGGGCAACAGGCCAUCAAUGCGCUGGCCAAGCCGGGAACCUCAGCUCCUUACUACCCCAUCCCAGGUACCUGUGCCAUCACGUCACUCGGGGCGGCUAACCCUGGGCUAGGAGGGGGGCUCUAGGGGGAGUCAGUACCCACUAAAGACCAGCUAAUCAACCCAAGACCAUAGGAGGCAUUCCUGUGAUGUGACAAAGCUGGUCUAGGCGUGGCUUAUGGAAUCAAUCCACCUGCUAGACAGCUACAUCUCAUACACGUGUGUCUUUUAUCCUCUUUUUCGGAGCCCCAAGGAAGGUUCAGAUCAAUGGUUUCCAUCACAGGCUUAGCUAGCCUUUUCGAUUUCAGGCCAGUUAGUAACCCUUCCCUGACACCAGCCUCUCUGUUCAUCAAGGAGUCUAAUGAAGUACCGUGAACCCAGGCUUUUGUUUUUCUGCAAGAUAGGUUUUAAAAUUUGUCUUCUGCCUCUCAGAAGGAAGUCUUUCUCAAGGGAAUUGAAAAGAUUAAUUAGUGACCUUUCAACUCUGUUACAGUAAGAUGAAUACAUGGCAAAUAAAAGUAGAAACGUUUACCUUACAGCUGUGGAAUCUGUUAAAUAUACACCAUGAACCUUCAAAGCACUUCCUGCCAAGACUGGGCGAGAGCUUGAAUUUUUCACUACCUGAGGGGUGGCUGGGGAUUGUUGGGCUCUCGAAUAUGUGCAAUGGAUUCACAGAUUGGAAAUACACGGCAUAAAACUGCAACCGUAAAAUCAUAUUUUAUAAAUUAAAACUGUGUUUACUUAACUGCGACUACUGUUCAGACUUUAUUCAGAAAUCCUUUUUAUAGGCUUUCUUAGCAAAAAAAAAAAAAAAAAAAGAAUUAUUCCAUAUCUAUGGAUAAGGUCUCAAUCUUCUGUAUAUAUGUUUUAUUAAUAUGUAAAUAUUUAGAUUUUUUUAAGAUGACUAUGUUCUUUAAAAAAAAUUCAACACAAGGCUGGUUGUGAAAAUGGUGUAUAACACGUGCUGUGAUAUCAAUUCCCAAGACGCCCUUUAUGUCUGU